AGAUAUAGAAACGAAUGAAUGCUUGGAAAAUAAUGGUUGAUGCUGGCUUGAUAAGGCUGCUAAUAUUACUGCUUGCAAGGACACUUUCUGGGGACGGGUGUGUGAAGGCCAUGUUGCAGACGAAGUGAAAUUUGUGGGUGAUGCAUAUAGUCAUUGUGAAGUUUCCGGAGCUGCACGCUGUGAAAACAACAGGGGUUGUUGGAAAAAAAAAAAAAAAAAUCCUAAAUGGCAGGACUUACUCCGCCUGCAUUGAAGAUCAUACCAAUGGUUGCGUAUGUCCCGAAGGAUUCAAGGGUGACGGGUUCAAAGAAUGUGAAGACAUAGAUGAAUGCAAGGAAAAGACUGUCUGCCAAUGCCCGGAGUGCAAAUGCAAGAACUCGUGGGGAAGUUACGAAUGCAGCUGCGACUGUGAUCUUUUGUACAUGAGAUAACACGAUACAUGCAUAAGUACUUUCUUUUCUUUUCUUUUUUGGAAAAAAUGUUCGAAUUUUCCCAUUGGAUGGUUUGGUAGCAAGCACCCAUUUGGAAGUAUCCCACACAAUAUCAUGGAUAUAAUCACUUCAAAGCACCCAAUCUGCUGAAGCAGAGAGGCUGCAUAUGAUGCUCAAUCAGGGGCCUUUCUUGUUUACCCAACAAUGGUAAAGGCAGGACCAGUUUUCAGUAACACAGGCCAUUGAUCUGGUGAGCCCCAUCAUUGAAUGGGCCAUACAACAAUAUAUUGCCUACCAUGUGAUCCUAGCCAUAUGAUGUUCAUGGAUAAUUAAAACCCACGGUUCCCAUUUUAGAGGGGCCUAACCGGACUGUUAGGAUCAUCUAAUGUGAGAGACUUUUGGGUUAUCUCCCAUCCAUGAUGUGGGCCCACCAUAUCAGCGAAUUAUGUCCACAACUCCACUGAGUUUGAUAUUCUCUUUACAAAACAAUCCCU